AUGGCCAACCAUGCCGGUUUCCUGGAAACUCAGAAAAAAGAGAUCUUAGAGUGUUUCAGGGAUGAUAACGUGAAAACGGUUGUCCUUUUCGGAGAAGCUGGAGUGGGUAAAACAUGGAUGGCAAAAGAGAUAAGUAAUUCUGCGAGCGUCCAGGGCGCCUCCUAUGGAACUAUUUGGGUGGUCCCAGGAUACAAUUCUGAAGGCAUAUCUCUUGUUGAAUAUGUUGCCAUUCAACUGUCUGUAAUUCCUUCUAGUGAGGAGUGGGAUGAGUAUGACAAUGCUGAGACAGAGCAUCAGGAGCGAGAAAAGAAUCUGAAACAGGAAAUAUGGAAAAAGCUUGACCAGAUGAAAGAUGCAUUACCUGGAAAAAAUCCAUAUCUUCUUGUAGUUCUGGAUGAUAUUAAUGACCAAAAGGAAAUUCUUGCUAAUUUAAAUGGCCUCCUUUCUCAACAUGCGCACCUUCUUAAGUUUUUAAUCACAACAAGAGACAAUGAUAUCGGUAUCGGCAGUGAGGGCAAUGGGGAUACAAUUCGGACAGACUAUAGCAGGGCAUUUGAAAUCAAUUUCCUGUCUGAUGUCGACUCAUCGAAUUUACUGCAGAAUAGGGUCAAGGGGGAGGUUACCAGGGCAACCCGGUUUGAAAGACUCUGUGCAGCUAUUGGGAAAUGUAGCUCUGGUCAUCCUGGGGCAAUUAUUAUGAUAGCAGAAGCCUUGAAUCAAGUUGGGGACUUUGAAUUGGAGAAUGCAGUUGAAGAAGUGGCCUGUAUAAUUGAGUCUGCUGAUAUAAAUACAUUGCUUCAGCAUGUGUAUGAAAUGUUGCCAAGCACCCUCAAUAAGUGCUGUUGGCACUGCAGAUACUUGUUUCUCCGUCAUGAUAGUAGCAUCCACUACAAUGAGUUGAUAACUCACUGGCUACUGGAAGGGUAUUUUGAUCACCUUGAUCAUAUUGAGAAGGCCUACGAGGAAGCACAUUGUACGCUGAUCAAGCUCAAAUCUCGCGGAUUUCUGAGAGGAAAAGAGAAUGGCUAUGUUUGUAUGGAUAGUGAUGCACUGAGAGUCACUGAUCGCCGACGCGAAGGACUUAGCGGGUCUGCAUGUGUUGGCAUGGCUAGUGUGCUGAAUGACCAAACUUCGGCUGGUCUUGGAAGGGUUAUACAGAUUGAUGGGAUGAUCAAGACAUGUAGUAGGGAAAGGAGUGAGAUGUCCACGCUACUAAUAGAUGGUGCUCGUUAUUGCAGGGAAUUCCCUGAUAUGGUGUUCCGACAACUUAAAGUCCUGGUCAUCAUAAACCCGAUGUUCAAAGAGCUGCCCUCGCCACUUUCAGAACUGAAGGAGCUUCAAGUAUUUGUUCUGAGGGGCUGUCGAAUAUUGGAGAGCGUAGGUGUGAUCCAUGAACUUACAAACUUACUGGUUCUUGAGAUAUCUGGGGCUCGUAAGGUGGAGGAAAUCCAUGAUAAUCUUUUUGAGCUUAUGAAAGAUCUUAGAUCUCUGAACUUAUCUGAAGUCGGCAUUAAGUGGCUUCCUCGUUCUCUCCUAAAUCGGAGCAAACUCCGUUGGCUCAUUCUUAGGAACUGUCCAAAUUUGGAACAAUUGUGUGAUGCUCGUUUAUUGAAUGGAAAGCUAGAGGCGGAAGUGCUUUCUUUGGUAGAGCUGGAAGUGCUUGAUCUCUCUGGUUCAGACUCUUUCCAAAGCAUCCAGGUCGAGACCCUCUCUCCGUUCAAGAAACUUCAAACUCUCAAUCUUUCUAAAACGAAGGUUGAGCACUUGCCCCGCAUUCGCGGUCUGGAAAAGCUCACUCGACUCCUCUUAAGUGACUGUCCAUCCCUAUCGAAACUUCCCACCUUAAAACCACUACUUGAACUUGAGAUUUUCGAUCUUUCGAGGACAGCUCUGAAGAGAACACUACAACUUCCCGGACUCAGCAGGUCUUCUGACCCUUCCCGCCCAAAAUUCAGCGACUUAUCUCAUCUUCUUUUGAGCGGUUGUGUUGAUCUUUACAAAUUGCCGUCUACGCUAUGCCUCAAUGGCCUUGAGGAGCUAAACCUUUCAGAUGCCUCUAUAUUGGAAGAAUUCGAAGAUGACUCAUUCGAGCAUCUUCGUUCCCUUCAACGACUCCUCCUCUCGAAUACUAAAAUCACGGCUCUGCCAUCACUUCCUAGGUCUUCUGAACUUCGUUUGCUCUCUCUAAAGAACUGUAAGUCCCUUACUAAGUUGCAAGACUUGAGCAUACUUCAGAAGCUGGAAGUUCUUGAUCUCUCGGGAUGCUCUGAGUUGGAGAUAGCAAGCACAGACUCCUUCCGGGGCAUGUCUCACCUUAAGACGAUCAAUCUCUCAGAGACUAAAAUCAAAAGCCUUCCACAAGAUUGCUUUCCUAGCAGCCUCCGUCACCUGAUAAUCAGGUAUUGCCCCAACUGGAAUAAGGAUAACUUUCCUUCCUUGGAAGAUCUGUCCAACCUAGAGGUACUCGACCUCUGUGGUGCAAAUUCUCUGACCGGUAUAAACCUUGAAUUUCUUCGCCAUAUGAGCAAACUAAGGAUUCUCAACCUCUCUGAAAUAGAAUUUGAACAGCUGCCAUCUCUGUCCCACCUCACUAACCUUAGGGAGCUCUCUCUGAGAGGUUGUUCCUGUAGUGUGUCGGAGCUGGAUGCCCUGAAGGAGCUUGAGUUGCUGGAUCUGUCAGGGACCAACGUUCGGUCUUUACCUACCCUUGACACUUUUACUAACCUCCAACAACUGCUGCUAAGAGACUGUGCUAAGUUGAAAAGUUUGGAAAAGUUGGAGUCUCUUACCGAAUUGGAGGUUCUAGAUAUUUCAGGGACGAAAAUAGAAGGAUUUCCCUAUGAAGUCUUGGAUCUGGCUAGUCUAAGGAAGCUCAAUCUGCAGGAUAUGGAGCAUAUUAAAGAGAUCGACUGGAAGAGGAUAAAGUAUGUUCCAGAGGAGUUCAACUUGGGAGGUUGUGGAUCACCAAGUCCUGAGAAUGCUGCAUGUCUUUCCAUAUCGAUAUGUGGUACCGGAUUUUUCCAGUUCAUUGAGAAAAAUUCGACGUUGUGGGAUACGUGCUUCCGAAAAUUCCACUUUUCUGUUUGGCUUCCCAAAAAAUUGGAUGGAAGGAUAUACGACCUCGGAGACAGGGGCCUACUGAGGGAUAUCGAAUCUCAAGGAAGAAUUCCUCAUCAUGAAGAACCAGGGCAGUAUCUGGAGAUCCAUGGAUCCUAUUGCAAUUCCAGUCUACCUGAACGGGUCCUCGAGGAUGCGGUUCACAUAUCGCUAAUGGAUGAUAGCUCUUUUCGUCAAUUGUCUCAACUUGUUAAAGAGAGUCUGAGAUCAAUAAAGAGCUGUUGGCUUGACAGGUGCCCGGAUAUCGAAAGUAUAGUGCAUAGUGAAAAAGAUGCCAGAGUUUCAGGAAAGCUUGAGUUUCUUAAUCUGUGUAAUCUCCCUUCCUUGACAUGCAUAUGUGCUGAUAAAGUGCAGUCCGAGGUCUUUGCGGAUCUGAAGAGCUUGUAUGUAGAUUGUUGCCCGAAGCUGGCCAAAAUUUUCCCAUUUUCCAAGCUGCCAAAGAAGCUCGAAACCCUCCAAGUCAAAUUUUGCGAUGAAAUGACAAAGCUAUUCAACAACGAAGUGCCCGCAGGAUGUAACUUGCAGAACUUGGAUCUCCUGGAAUUACCAGAGCUUAAGAGAAUCGGGGUUAUGAUGGGCUCCCUGCAAGUACUGAAAGUGAGACAGUGUCCGAAUCUGGAGAGUUUAGAGGAAGUGCUUGGAGAAGCUGAAAAUCUACGGACUCUCCAUAUAUCACACGCUGCUGGGCUGGAGUCCAUAUGCAGUCAGGAAGUGAAGCUGGGGCGCUUCAAAAGUCUAAACCAGCUUAAAAUAGAAUCUUGUCCCCGGCUCAAAAAUGUUUUCUCCUCAUCCGAAUUGCCGCCUAACCUGAAGAUUCUUGAGAUAAACUCAUGUGAAAGCUUGGAAACUAUAUUCACGGGCAGCUCAGCAAGUUCUUCAUUGGAAAGAUUGCGAUUGUGCAGCUUGCCUAGUCUAAGCAGCGCUGUGCUCAAAGUACCGCGUCGAUGUGAAAUACCACGCGACUUCAACUGCCCAAAACUGAAAAUACGAUCUGUUUAA